AUGUUGCUCACUAACGUAACAACAAUCAAAGACUUUUUCCUCGUUGGAUUUCCUGGCCUGCUGCCAGAGUAUUACGGGCUUGUGUCAGCUCUGCUCUUUUUGCUUUACUUGAUUAUAGUUGUGGGGAAUAUUUUCAUCCUGGUCAUUGUCAUUUGUGAAAAGUCACUUCAAAAACCAACAUAUCUAAUUUUUGGUCACUUAGCAUUAACUGAUUUAAUAUUUGGCACAGUGACUCUCCCGAAGGUUAUAUCAAAAUACUGGUCUGACAACAGCAUUGUUCCAUUCUAUGCUUGUUUUACACAAAUAUAUUUUGUUCACUUUUUAGCUGCAACACACUCUUUCAUUCUGAUGGUGAUGGCUCUUGAUCGUUUUAUAGCUAUUUGUGUUCCACUGCGUUACACAUCACUUUUCACAAAUACCACAGUAAACGGGCUUUGCGGGAUAUCGUGGUUCAUGCCUAUUGCAUGGAUGAUUGGCGUGGUUUGUGAUACAAUGAAACUACCAUUUUGUAAUUCUAACAUAAUUGUUCAGUGUUACUGUGACCUUAAUUCAGUAAGAAGCCUUUCUUGUGAGAAUGUACGAGCUUCUGCAAUUCUAUCAUUAGGACUUGCUAUGUUUUCCUUGAUGGUCCCUCUUGGAUUCAUCAUCUUAUCAUAUUUUUUUGUUAUCAUUGUUGUUCUGAGAAAGCCCUCCUCCACGGGUUGCAUGAAAACCCUGUCUACCUGCACGCCACAACUCAUCAUUGCAGGUCUUUUCUAUCUUCCAAGAUGCUUCGUGUACCUGGCAAAUUUUGUGGGAUUCACGUUCAAUAUUUCACUUCAUAUUGUCAUUGUAAUGUUGUACAGUCAUAUACCUGCUGCUGUCAACCCACUCAUUUACUGUUUCAAAACUCAAGACAUCAAAGAAAUGUUGAAAAUUAAAUGGGCUAGAAGAAUAAUACAUUUUUCUACUAAAAUUUAACUAAAUACCUAAUUUUAUUAUAGAUGCAAAAGGACAACUGUCAAAAUUAAUUUCUGACACCAGCAAGUGGAAUUUCUACGUUUUCAGCUGCACACACUAUGCCCAGGCAAAUUGGAACAUAAUUAUUUAACAGCUACUCACAGAGGUCUACAGUUACUUUCAUACUUGUCUUAGAAUUAUUUACAAUGUGCUUUA